AUGGUUAAAGCAGUUGCUGUCGUCAGAGGAGACUCUAAGGUUUGCGGAGUUGUUAACUUCGAACAGGAAAAGGAAUCCGACCCUACCACUAUCUCUUGGGAGAUUUCUGGUAACGAUCCAAAUGCCUUGAGAGGUAUGCACGUUCACCAGUUUGGUGACAACACCAACGGUUGUACCUCUGCUGGUCCUCACUUCAACCCAUUUGGCAAGACCCACGGUGCUCCAGAGGACGACACCAGACACGUUGGUGACUUGGGUAACAUCACCACCGAUGCCUCUGGUGUUGCCAAAGGCACCAAGAAGGACCUUUUGGUCAAGUUGCUUGGCCCCAACACUGUGAUUGGCAGAUCCAUCGUUGUGCACAGCGGCACUGACGACUUGGGUAAGGGCGGUAACGAGGAGUCCUUGAAGACCGGUAACGCCGGCACCAGACCAGCUUGCGGUGUCAUUGGUUUCACCAACUAA